AUGCAGGACCUAGGGAAGCGCCCUUCCCUCGAUUUGUUGCAACUGCUCCAUCGAUGCGCAUGGCUCGCCCUCGGCGGGGCGGCGUACGUCAAGUACAAGGACCCGAAGCAGCCGAUCCAGGAGCGCGUGGCGGAUCUCGUCAGCCGCAUGACGCUCGAGGAGAAGAUCGGCCAGAUGACGCAGAUCGAGCGCGCCAACGCCUCCUCCACCGUCAUCCAGAAGUACUUCGUCGGGAGCGUGCUGAGCGGCGGCGGCAGCCCGCCGUCGGAGAAGGCGUCGGCGGCGACGUGGCAGCAGAUGAUCACCAAGAUGCAGAAGGCGGCGCUCAAGACCCGCCUCGGCAUCCCCAUCAUCUACGGCAUCGACGCCGUGCACGGCAACAACAACGCCUACAACGCCACCAUCUUCCCUCACAACAUCGGCCUGGGCGCCACCAGGGACGCCAGCCUCGUCAAGCUCAUCGGCCGGGCCACGGCGCUGGAGACCAGGGCCACCGGCAUCCCCUACGCCUUCGCGCCAUGCGUCGCGGUUUGCCGUGAUCCGAGAUGGGGCCGGUGCUACGAGAGCUUCAGCGAGGACACGAAGCUGGUGCAGCUGAUGACGGCGUCCGUGGUAACCGGACUGCAGGGCGACGUCUCCAGUCGGCACCCCAAGGGCGUCCCCGUCGUGGCCGGGUCCAAGAACGUGGCCGGCUGCGCCAAGCACUACGUCGGCGACGGCGGGACGAAGCGUGGGAUCAACGAGAACAACACGGUGAUGAGCUUCCACGACCUCAUGCGCAUCCACAUGCCGCCCUAUGACGACGCCGUCAUCAAGGGCAUCUCCUCCAUCAUGAUCUCCUACUCCAGCUGGAACGGCGUCAAGAUGCACGAGAACAAGUUCCUCAUCACCCAGCUCCUCAAGGAAAGGAUGCACUUCAGGGGGUUCGUGAUCACGGACUGGCAGGCGGUGGACAAGAUCACGAAUCCGCCGCACCAGCACUACUACCACUCCAUCCAGGAGACGCUCCACGCCGGCAUCGACAUGGUCAUGGUGCCCUACGACUACACCGAGUUCGUCGCCGACGUCAUCUCGCAGGCCAAGAACGGCACCAUCAAGAUGGACCGGAUUAACGACGCCGUCAGCCGGAUCCUCAGGGUCAAGUUCACCAUGGGCCUCUUCGAGGACCCCCUGCCCGACCGCCGCCUCACCGAGCACCUCGGCAGCAAGUCGCACCGUGAGCUCGCGCGGGACGCCGUCCGCAAGUCGCUCGUGCUGCUCAAGAACGGCAAGAAGGAUGGGGCGCCGGUGGUGCCGCUGUCCAAGAAUGCCAAGAAGAUCCUCGUCGCCGGUAGCCACGCCCACGACCUCGGCCUCCAGUGCGGCGGCUGGACCAACACGUGGCAGGGACACGCCGGAAACAACAUCACCGGCCAAGGUACCACGAUCCUGGAGGCGGUCAAGUCGGCCGUGAGCAACAAGACGAUCAUCGACUUCACGGAGCACCCGGACAAGGACUCCAUCUCCAAGAGCAAGGAGGAGUACGACUACGCCGUGGUGGUGGUGGGCGAGCCGCCAUACGCCGAGACCGCCGGCGACAACCAGAACCUCACCAUCCCGUCCCCGGGGCCCGACGUCAUCAGGGACGUCUGCGAGCUCGUCAAGUGCGUCGUGGUCCUCGUGUCCGGACGGCCGCUCGUCAUCGAGCCCUACCUCGACACCAUGGACGCCUUCGUCGCCGCGUGGCUGCCGGGAACCGAGGGCCACGGCGUCGCCGACGUGCUCUUCGGGGACUACGGCUUCACGGGGAAGCUGCCGCGCACCUGGUUCAGGUCCGUCGACCAGCUGCCAAUGAACUACGGCGACAAGCUCUACGACCCGCUCUUCCCAUUCGGCUACGGACUCACCACCAAGCCCGUCACAGACAGCUAG